AUGUGCGUCAAGGAUUUGAGCUUACCGGGAACUCGUUGCAGCAGUGCCUCAACCUAUUGGAUCAACGAUGUCGCGAACAUUGACGUUGAGCCGGAAAUCAGGGACAAGAAGCUGAAGUCAAGGUUGCUCAGCAUGCACAAGUGCCACAAAGACAGUAUUCGCACUCAACUGCAAAACGGCGUUCGACUGCUCGACCUACGAUGUGACGGAGAACGCAGGCUACGACACGGCCCCCUGGUUCUUGAAAAGCAACUCGACGACGUACUUGAUCAUGUCAGGGACUUCUUGAAAGAGAAUAAGGAUGAAACGGUCAUGAUCAUGCUCAGUUUCUCAUCCGCGUCCGCGACGUAUGACGCCGACAAGCAUUGGUCCGAGGGUUACAGCAUCAAUUACGACGAUGUGCCGGUGAACUUCAACAAAGACUUCAAGAGGGACAUGAAGAAAGAAAAGCUCUUGUACACGGGUAAAGAAUGGCCUCUUCUUCGCGAUGUUCGCGGAAAGGCUGUCAUCUUUCGUGGGUGGGACGUGGAUUCUGAAGAAGACCGAUGGGGAUUGGAAUGCCGGUUGCCAGUUUGGGUGGCCGCGCGCAGUUCCACAUCAUCCAUCAAGGCCGGCGAUCUUGCCGCUCAGAGAUGGGAAGACCUGGCAGGAGACUUCAGCAGCCGAGAAUCCCUCAAAUCGAUCGUGCUGGCAGCUUGUCUGCAUCAUGAUCCGACAGAUGAAGCGGGUUGGGUUUCUCCAUUACAGACGGCCCCCAUUCUCCAGAAUAAGGCAGAGGAACACCUCAAAAAAUCUACGAGGAAGAUGAAGCAUUUGUGGGUGUAUGGCGAUGAUAUGAAGGAGAAGACGAACAUGGCCAUUGCAAAGUUGAACUUUUGGGGUUCAGAUGACGAGGGACCCAGUCGGCCACCGCCGGUGACAUUUCAUUCGGCACCUACAAAAUUGAUCACUCCCAAGUGA